AUGUCGACAGCGUCACUCACUCGCUCUCUUGCGAGAUUGACCCUUGUCUCCAGCUCGCAAACACCUCGCAUCGCACUUCGACAACCUGCCAGGAUCCUUCCCACACAGAUCGCAUCGUCUUCGCUCCAUGUAUCAGCACGUACAUACGCCACACCUGCAUCUGCAGCUAUCCGACUCGCCAACUUACGGCCUGGUCAGCCAACUAAGAACCGCAAACGUCUCGGUCGUGGUCCAUCGUCCGGAAGAGGUGGUACCAGUACACGAGGUCACAAAGGUCAAAAGGCGAGAGCUGGUAAUGGCAAGCCCGUUCCCGGUUUUGAAGGCGGUCAGACUCCUCUGACUCGUCGUUAUCCCAAGCGUGGCUUUGCCAACGUUCACGGCCAAACAUUUGUCCCAGUCAACCUGGACAAAAUCCAGCACUGGAUCAAUCGUGGCCUCCUCGACCCUUCCCGACCCAUCACCGCCAAAGAACUCUACGAAACCCGUUGCAUCCACUCGCUCAAGGACGGCGUCAAGAUCCUCGGCGAAGGUGCCAACCACCUCGAAACUCCUGUCAACCUUAUUGUCUCUCGUGCCUCCCAGACUGCAAUCUCGGCCAUCGAGACUGCAGGCGGAAGUGUAGAGUGCAGAUACUACACUCCGCUCAGCUUGAGGGCGUUGGUCAAGCCGCAUAAGUUUGCAGGCAAGAUUCUCCCUCGUCCUGCUGAUCCGAUUGCUAAGAAGGAUUUGAUCUGGUACUCUUCACCUCGCAACAGAGGAUACUUGGCUAAGCGUGCUGCGUUGACAAAGGCUUUCGCUGCUGAACAAGCUAACCAGGAUGCUCAGGCUCCUCCAACUUCGGCUUCGACUUAG